AUGGCUGAGCCGGCUCCCCCGCGGUGGCUUCCUGCCCCGGAGCUGAGCCCCGCGCUGGGCCCGCUGAGCAGCGCCGCCCCGCCGCAGGCAGCCUGGACGCUCUGGGGCAUGCUGCCCCCGCCGCCGCCUCCUUUGUCGCCGUGUCCCGCGGCGGGGGCGGACCCCGGCACGAAAGCGGAGACCCAGCCUGUCCCCGGCGCGCCGCCGCCCUUCGAUGCGCACAUUCUUCCCGGGGCGCAGCCCCCCUUCGACGCCCAGGCGCCCCUAGAUUCUCGGCCUCAGCUGCUCCAUGGACGGCCUGCCUGGAACGUCGAGGCUUCCACGCCGUGGUACUGGAGACCGUCUCCUGAUGGCUUUCCUCAGCACGCGAAGCCCCACAGCUCUCCCGCUACACCUUCCUACUUUUCACGGAAGCAUGAUGCAAACUUCACUGACUUCAAUUUGCCUCCUAACAGAAAACAGAAAAAAAAGAAAAGAAAGGAACCAGUUUUUCACUUCUUUUGUGAUACCUGUGAUCGUGGUUUUAAAAAUCAAGAAAAGUAUGACAAACACAUGUCCGAACAUACAAAGUGUCCUGAAAUAGAUUGCUCUUUUAGUGCCCAUGAGAAGAUUGUCCAGUUCCAUUGGAGAAAUAUGCAUGCUCCUGGUAUGAAGAAGAUCAAGCUAGACACACCAGAGGAGAUUGCGAGAUGGAGGGAAGAAAGAAGGAAAAACUACCCAACUCUGGCCAAUAUUGAAAGGAAGAAAAAGUUAAAACUUGAAAAGGAAAAGAGAGGAGAAGUACUGUCAACCACACAGUAUGGAAAGAUGAAGGGCAUGUCCAGACAUUCACAUAUGGCAAAAAUCAGAAGUCCCAGUAAACAUCACAAAAGGAAAAGUGAUGAUGUUAGACAGAAAACAGUCAUUGGAUCAGGCCAUCAGUUCUGUGAUUUGAAGCCAGAAGGUACACCCAAGGCAAAUGGCGAUCCUCUUGGUGCUUUGAUAAACAGUGACUCUGAGUCUGAUAAGGAGGAGAAGCCACAGCAGGCUGUCGUGCCUAAGGAAGUGACGCCAGCCCUGUGUUCCCUCAUGAGCAGCUAUGGCAGUCUUUCCGGUUCAGAAAGUGAGCCAGAAGAAACUCCCAUCAAGACUGAGGCAGACAUGCUGGCAGAAAACCAGGUUUCUCAUAGCAGUCCUCCUGAGAGUCCAAGACAAGAUGCUAAAACAACUGUUAGAAAUGUCUCUGGAGCCAAGUGGGAGACCCAAAAUAAAGGUUUUAAAAAGACAAACCUUAAGAGGAAGAAACCGGUUCCCAACUAUCAAACAUUAUUUGAACCAAGAGCACAUCAUCCAUAUCUCUUGGAAAUGCUUCUUGCUCCAGACAUUCGACAUGAAAGAAAUGUGAUUUUGCAGUGUGUUCGGUACAUCAUCAAAAAAGACUUUUUUGGACUUCAUACUGAUUCUGGGAAAACUGUAGAUGUCUAGGUUUCCUAUGUUUCAGUAAAUGAAGCAUAUAAAAAAGAAAGUUAGGGAGAAGACCAAAUUACUACCAUUUUCAAAACUCGAUCAGCCAGGUAUGGGCCAAUCCCAGCAUCUAAAGGCAGAGGUCGGAGGAUUGCCAUGAGUUCAAGGCCAGUCUGGGAUGAUAGAAUGAGUUCCAGGUGAACCUGGGCUACAGUCCCUACCAUGAAAAAUAAAACAAAAUAACUGAAUCAGUAAUUAAAUGAUAAACCUCAUAGGAUAUCAUGUUGGAUUGUUCAGCUUUCCUUUGGUUCUAUGCAAAUAUAUAGCUGAUUUUUAAAAA